CUUCUUGUUCUGUGUGAAGAAAUCAGGAAUUGAAUACAGUGGUCUUCCUGAGCAUGUAGCUUCAUGCAGUAUGAUAUCAGAAGAUGGAACCAGAGCAGAUUGGUUGUUGGGUGAACAGAGUACAAGAAAAUGGCAAUACAUUUAGGGAACCAACUCAGUUUGGAACUUUACUAGCAGCAGUGAAAUGUCUAAUUGUGCUCUCAUUUGACCCCAGAGAUACAGUAGGACUGAUGGAAAUUUUGUGUGAACUCAGGAUCCUAUUUCAAAAAAUAAGCCAUCUUUCAACAAAUAUGAUACAAAAUCAAUGUGUACAAUAAGUGUAGGGAAGGUUACAUAAGGCUAUGGGGUGUUUUCCAAUCCUACAUGCAUGGUCUUUUAUAUUUAUGAAGUGGAAUAUUUAUACUUAUGUUUUUUACUUUCUUACUGGGGGAGGGGAAAGAGCUUUAAAGAUAGAUAUUGAUUCCUAACAGUUGGUCACAUUUUCUUGAAUUUCAAACAUUUUUUUGAAUAUUUUAUCCAGUUUUCUAUAUCUGAAAGUCCCUGAAGAAAAGUUCUUGGCAGUGGCUUCCUUACUGUCUCUGUUCAGAAAUGCAACAACUUAUACAGUAUGCUAUGAUCUGUCAGUGAUUGCUGAAAAUCUGUUCUACAGACAUGCUGAGAGGGACUCAGUUUUGUUUAGAGUAGCGUGGCAAACACAAUGGAGAAAUGGCAGCAGUUGAACAGCUGGACAGAAGACUAUGGUGGCCUUGCCUUUCUGAUACUAGUAUUUGGCUUAGAAUGGCAUGGAACAAGACACCUUCAGACAUAUUCUUUGCCUUUAAUGCGACUACCCAAUUCACCACCGCUGCUCAUACAUCCUUGCCAGUUUCACUCAGGAUAUUAAUGGCUACAGUAAUGCUCCUUAUGAUUGCCAUUGGAUUCUUAGGCAAUACUAUUGUCUGCUUGAUUGUUUACCGGAAGCCAGCCAUGUGUUCAGCAAUAAAUCUGCUUUUUGCUACACCGGCUUUCUCUGACAUUAUGUUGUCUUUACUCUGCAUGCCAUUUACUGCUGUCAGCAUUAUUACAGUAAACUAGAAUUUUGGAGCUCACGUCUGCCGCAUAUCUGCUAUGCUUUACUGGUUUUUUGUCUAGGAAGGCAUCUCAAUACUUUCAAUCAUUAGUGUGGAUUAAUUCCUCAUCACUGUCCAGCACCAAGACAAGCUGAACCCUUGUCGUGCCAAAACCGUGAUAGCUGUUUCGUGGGUCUUCUUGUUCUGUAUCUCUUUCCCUUCCAUUGUCAGAUGGACAUUUGUGGAAGUGCCAAGCAGACUCCCCAGGUGCCUUGGAUACACUGAGUUCUCUGCAGACCGAGCUUAUGCAGUGAUGUUGCUUGUGGCCACUUUCUUUAUCCCUUUUGGCAGUAUGUUGUAUUCUUACCUUUGCAUCCUAAACACUGUCCGUCAGAACACAGUCCGGAUCCACAACCACACUUAGAACAUCUGCCUCAGCCAGGUGAGCAGGCUAAGUCGUGGACUGCAAAAGCCUUACCACGUUAACAUAGACAUGAGCUUCAAAACUAGGGCAUUCACUACCAUCUCUAUUCUGUUUGUUGGCUUUUCCCUAUGCUGGCUUCCUCACACAGUCUUCAGCCUGAUGUCAGUCUUCAGCCAGUGGUUCUGUUACAGCCCCUCUUUCUAUAUAACUAGCACUUACAUACUGUGCCUGAGUUAUCUCAAGUCUGUUUUCAACCCCAUCAUCUGCUGCUGAAGGAUCAAGAAAUUCCAUAAGACCUGUCUGGAAUGCCAACACGCCAAAACAUUUAAAAUCUUUCCUGAAAUGCCUGGAUGGACAAAACAGAGAAUAAGGCCAAGUACAAUAUAUAUCUAAGUUAUUCCCCAUCUGGAGUUUAGAGAUAAACCCUGAUCAUUAAUGUAUUAGAAAGGAGAAACAACAGCCAAUAGCAAGACAGGAUUUGUGUGUCCAAACUCUGGAAUGAAUGAAUUCAAGUUGUGGUUUAAUGAACUCUAGGUAGUUCAUCCUGGUAAAAGAAAUCCUUGGUGAGUGGUUAUCAGUUCUGAAAUUAGAAAUGUUUCUUAAUACUGCCUUUAAUACUGUUAAUACUGUCUACAGUACUGUUGUAUGUAUUAGCUAUGCAUCAUAUUUGAGGUUUCUCCAUCUUUCAAGUUAAAUUACAGCACAUUAUUAUGCUAUGUUAUCCUAAUCUUACCCUCAGAAUAAGAGAAAGUGUGGUUUUAUCAAAUAUACUGCCAAUAAUAACACUGCCUUUGUAAUUUUAUUUUUUUCCAGUUAAAAGAAUAAACAUCAAAUUUCAGUGUC